UCCAUAGGGGCGACCCCGCCUGCGCCGAGUCCCCUCCGGGGCUGGAGCUGCCCAGCCCUUCUGGAGGCCUUAUCUGCCAGGGGUCUGCAGCCACCCCGGCUCAUACCUCUCUGCCUCCCAACUCUCAAGGAGGGUCUGCCGCAUGUAAUGAAAGUGUCUACUCUCAGGGAAAGCUCAGCCAUGGCUUCCCCACUGCCCCGGGAGAUGGAGGAGGAGCUGGUGCCUGCUGGCUCUGAGCCAGGUGACACUCGGGCCAAACCCCCUGUCAAGCCCAAACCCCGGGCCCUGCCUGCCAAGCCAGCCCUGCCUGCCAAACCCAGCCUGCUGGUGCCUGUUGGGCCUCGGCCUCCCCGGGGUCCCCUGGCUGAGUUGCCUUCUGCCAGGAAGAUGAACAUGCUGGCAGGACCCCAACCCUAUGGUGGCAGCAAGCGCCCGCUUCCCUUUGCACCAAGGCCUGUGGUUGAGGCCUCCCCUGGAGGAGAAGCCAUCCAAGAGACUGGGAAAGAGGAGGCUGGGAAAGAGGAGCCACCCCCUUUGACACCCCCAGCUCGAUGUGCCGCCCCAGGGGGCGUACGGAAGGCCCCUGCCCCUUUCCGCCCAGCCUCAGAGCGCUUCGCAGCCACCACGGUGGAAGAGAUCCUGGCCAAGAUGGAGCAACCUCGGAAGGAGGUCCCUGCCAGCCCGGACCGCCUGUGGGGUUCCCGCCUCACCUUUAACCAUGAUGGCAGCUCGCGGUAUGGCCCCAGGACCUAUGGCACGACCACUGCUCCCAGGGAUGAGGAUGGCAGCACCCUCUCCAGGGGACGGUCCCAGGAGGAGCCAGUAAAGCCUGCAGCCGAGUGCCAGGAAGAGCACAGCAGGACCCCUGAGGAGAGGAGCCUUCCUUCCAACCUGGCCUUCAACGGGGACCUGGCUAAGGCAGCCUGCUCGGAGCUACCUGCUGAUAUGUCCAAGCCCUGGAUUCCCUCAAGUCCAGCCCCCUCCUCAGAGAAUGGAGGCCCUGCCAGCCCAGGCCUCCCCGCAGAAGCCUCAGGCUCAGGCCCUGGCUCUCCCCGUCUUCACUCACCCGAUAAGAGUUCUCCCUGCCACUCGCAGCUUCUGGAAGCCCAGAGUCCUGAUGCUUCCCAGGCUUCUCCCUGCCCCGCUGUGACUCCAUCAGCUCCAAGUGCAGCCCUGCCUGAGGAGGGCUCCCGCCACACCCCCAGCCCCGGGCUCCCUGCUGAGGGGGCUCCAGAGGCCCCCAGACCCAGCAGCCCUCCCGCUGAGGUCUCGGAGCCCCACAGCCUGGAUCAGCCCCCUGCCACCUCGCCCCGGCCCCUGAUCGAGGUGGGUGAGUUGCUUGAUCUCACUCGGACGUUUCCAUCUGGCGGGGAGGAGGAGGCCAAGGGUGACGCACACCUCCGCCCCACCAGCCUGGUUCAGCGCCGAUUCUCUGAAGGUGUGCUCCAGUCACCCAGCCAGGACCAGGAGAAGCUGGGGGGCUCGCUGGCUGCCCUGCCCCAAGGCCAGGGGAGCCAGUUGGCCCUGGAUCGUCCCUUUGGAGCAGAGUCCAACUGGAGUUUAUCACAGUCCUUCGAAUGGACCUUCCCCACGCGGCCCUCGGGUCUGGGCGUGUGGCGGCUGGACUCCCCGCCUCCCUCCCCCAUCACUGAAGCCAGUGAGGCCGCCGAGGCUGCUGAGGCUGGCAACUUGGCCGUUUCCAGCAGGGAAGAAGGAGUGUCUCAGCAGGGGCAAGGGGCCGGGUCAGCUCCAAGUGGGUCAGGAAGGCCUAGUUCCUGGGUGCAAGGGGAUGAUCCAAGCAUGUCCCUCCCGGAGAAGGGCGAUGGGGAGAGUCAGCCUCAAUUCCCAGCUGUUCCCCUUGAGCCCCUACCUACAACUGAGGGCUCACCUGGGUUACCUUUGCAGCAGGCAGAGGAGAGAUACGAGUCGCAGGAGCCCUUGGCUGGACAGGAGUCCCCUCUCCCCCUGGCUACCAGGGAGGCAGCCCUGCCCAUCCUGGAGCCGGUCCUGGGGCAGGAGCAGCCAGCACCUCCUGACCAGCCCUGUGUUCUCUUUGCUGAUACCCCUGAGCCUGGGCAGGCACUGCCUAUCGAGGAGGAGGCCGUGACCCUAGCCCGGGCCGAGACCACCCAACCCAGGACAGAGGCUCAAGACUUGUGUAGGGUGUCCCCCGAGCCUCCGGGCCCUGAAAGCAGCUCCCGUUGGCUGGACGACCUCCUGGCUUCACCACCACCUAGUGGUGGCGGUGCAAGACGGGGAGCUGGAUCUGAGCUGAAGGACGCACAGUCCCCAAGUACCUGCUCUGAGGGACUCCUUGGCUGGUCCCAGAAAGAUCUGCAGAGUGAAUUUGGGAUCACAGGAGACCCACAGCCCAGCAGUUUCAGUCCUUCCAACUGGUGUCAAGGUGCUUCUCAGAACUAUGGCCUUGGGGGUGCAAGCCCUAGAGGAGACCCAGGUCUCGGAGAGAGGGACUGGACCAGCAAGUAUGGGCAAGGAGCUGGGGAAGGGAGCACCAGGGAGUGGGCCAGCAGGUGUGGCAUCGGCCAGGAGGAGAUGGAGGCCAGCAGCAGCCAAGACCAGAGUGAAGUGUCUGCCCCAGGGGUGCUCACAGCCCAGGACCGGGUAGUUGGAAAGCCAGCCCAGCUUGGCACUCAGCGGAGCCAGGAGGCAGAUGUUCAGGACUGGGAGUUCAGAAAGAGGGAUUCCCAGGGCACUUACUCCAGCCGGGAUGCGGAACUCCAGGACCAGGAAUUUGGGAAGAGAGAUUCACUGGGUACUUACAGUAGUCGAGAUGUAAGCCUUGGGGACUGGGAAUUUGGGAAAAGAGAUUCUCUGGGUGCUUAUGCCAGCCAAGAUGCCAACGAGCAGGGCCAAAAUUUGGGGAAGAGGGACCACCAUGGCAGGUACAGCAGCCAGGAUGCCGAUGAGCAGGACUGGGAGUUUCAGAAGAGAGAUGUGUCACUUGGCACCUAUGGCAGCCGGGAUGCGGAGCCGCAGGAACAGGAGUUUGGGAAGAGCGCUUGGAUAAGGGACUACAGCAGUGGUGGCAGCUCCAGGACCCUUGACGCCCAGGAAAGAGGCUUUGGAACGAGACCCUUGAGCUCUGGGUUCAGCCCCGAGGAAGCCCAGCAACAGGAUGAGGAAUUUGAGAAGAAGAUUCCAAGUGUGGAAGACAGCCUUGGAGAGGGCAGCAGGGAUGCUGGCCAGCCAGGACAGAGAGAAUCAGGGGGCUUGUUCAGUCCUAGCACUGCCCACGUGCCAGAUGGGGCACUCGGGCAGAGAGACCAGAGCAGCUGGCAAAACAGUGAUGCUAGCCGGGAGGUGGGAGGGCAUCAGGAGAGACAGCAGGCAGGGGCUCAGGGCCCUGGCAGUGCUGACCUGGAAGAUGGGGAGAUGGGGAAGCGAGGCUGGGUCGGUGAGUUUAGCCUCAGUGUUGGCCCCCGGAGAGAGGCAGCAUUUAGUCCAGGGCAGCAGGACUGGAGCCCGGACUUCUGCAUCGAGGCCAGUGAGAGGAGCUAUCAGUUUGGCAUCAUUGGCAACGACAGAGUGAGUGGUGCUGGCUUUAGCCCUUCUAGCAAGAUGGGAGGUGGUCACUUUGUGCCUCCUGGGAACACCACAGCUGGCUCGGUGGACUGGACUGACCAGCUGGGUCUCAGGAACUUGGAAGUGUCCAGCUGUGUGGGUUCCGGGGGCUCGAGUGAGGCCAGGGAGGAUGCCGUGGGACAGAUGGGCUGGUCAGGCGGCCUCAGCUUGAGAGACAUGAACCUGGCCGGCUGUUUGGAAAGUGGAGGGUCUGAAGAGCCCGGGGGAAUUGGAGUUGGGGAGAAGGACUGGACUUCUGAUGUUAACGUGAAGAGCAAAGAUUUGACUGAGGUCGGGAAAGGAGGAGGCCACAGCCAGGCCAGAGAGAGUGGCGUGGGGCAGACCGACUGGUCAGGUGUGGAGGCCGGAGAGUUCCUUAAAUCAAGGGAGCGUGGAGUUGGACAGGCAGACUGGACACCUGACCUCGGGCUGAGAAACAUGGCCCCAGGGGCAGUCUGCAGUCCUGGAGAGCACAAAGAGCUCGGGGUGGGCCAGAUGGACUGGGGUAACAAUCUGGGCCUGAGGGAUUUGGAGGUGUCCUGUGACUCAGAGUCUGGAGGUUCUCAGGGGCUACGGGGAUGUGGGGUGGGGCAGAUGGACUGGACCCGGGACUUGGCACCCCGGAAUGUGGAGCUCUUUGGGACUCCGAGUGAAGCCAGGGAGCAUGGGGUGGGCGGGGCCAGCCAGUGCCCAGAGCCCAGCCUGAGGCACAAUGGCAGCUUGUCCCCCGGCCUGGAGGCCAGAGACCCCUUGGAGGCCAGGGAGCUGGGGGUUGGUGAGACAAGUGGGCCAGAGACCCAGGGUGAAGAUGACUCCUCGUCUUCCUUGGAGCCACACCCUGCAGACCCUGGAAUGGAGACAGGAGAAGCCCUCAGCUUCGGAGCCAGGUAACGAACGGAGCCCCCUCCCAAGUGUGGGAGGAAACAUGUGAGGGUUAUCCAAGAAAUUGAGACCUUUCUGAGGAGGGAAGAAACAGUUUUUCCUGAGAACUUCUAGUGUUUGGAAGAUUGAGACAUUUUAGACUAAGAAUUUUUAAUUCUACUUAAAAAAAUUGAAAUACGAUACACAUACAGGUGAGUUCUUUUUUGGAAGGAUGACUAAUGUGUUACUUUUGCAACCCAUGUUUGAGCUUUCUUGGUGAUUUAGAAUUGUGACUGUGAUGGGGAAAUGGUGCGUGUCAUAGCUUGGAUGGUUUCUGGUGGGUUCUACUCUUGUACACAGUAGCCGUUCCGCAGGCCUCUCAGCCCUGAAGCCACAGGUGGUUUCAUAGGUGUAGGGCAGAGAAUUCUGUGUCUUCUUGGCUGGGGCCACCACAGCCAGGAGUGGAGUGGACAGUGGCACCCACGGGUUCUCAAAGAGGUUAGGGACUUGGUGCUUCUUGCCUGUCAUGAAGCCUGGAAUAGCAAGUUCAAGAACCUGAAGGGAAUGGGGACCUGGCCCCAUGACCUUGGCCUCUAUGUGCAAAGUUGCUGAAAGAACUUUCCAAAGGCUUUGCAAGCCAACCACAAUCUGUUUCAUGGAUGUUUUAAAACCAGCUGAGAUGAUUUUGCAGCUGAGAAAGGUGCUAAAAAGGCAUUGCAUCCGUUUUGUUAACAUUUGCAUCCAUUGAGAUUCGCUUUUAUUCCCUUUAGUGAGUAGCACAUGUUUCCUUUUCCAGCCCACAGUGGGAGCGUCUCACUGGGUAUGUGGGGAAGGCAAGGGAAGUGCGGGGGUGGGGGCUUUUAUAAGUGGAAGGGGUUGGUGAUGGGAGGAGAGGAGCAGGAAGGGGCUAGAGAGCAUCAUGGUGGUCUUGGGGAGUCAGAGAGGCAUGUGGGAUGGAGGAGAAGGAGGGAGAGAGGAAGGUGGGCCCAGGGAGAUGCCCGGGGGGGUUUGAGGAAGGGGAGCUUCCUGACGACUCAGGCUGUUGAGGGGGUGGUGAUGGAGCACAGGGAACCACUGAGGCUGCAUUGAGGACUGCAAGGAAGAGGGGAGGGCGCAGGACUAGGAGUCGGGAGGCCCUUGUGGUCCUGGGCAGGUUGCUGGGCUCUGAGCCUCAGUUUCUCAGGGUUUGACUCAGAAAGUGCAGAGUUCCAACUUUAAUGUUCCUGGUGCAGGGGAGAGUCCAGGCUUGGCGUGAUUAUUCCUGAUUUCUCUUCCUGGGACUCAUAGACCUUUGCACGCCCCAUGCUUAACCACACAUCUUACCUCAUUGAUCUUCCCAGCUGCUCUGGGAGGCAGGAAAGGGAUUUUUAUCCUCUCCGCUGGCAGGUGGAAAGGUGGUGUGACACCUUAAGGGCAAAGAGUCGGGAGUACCUCUUUCUCACUUGCUUAUGUUAACUGCUCUCAGGUGUGGCCGCUGUGGGACCCACAGCUCUCUGCCUUUCCCUUCUGUGUGGGGUGGCUCUUGAGAAGUGGAAAGUGAUCAUCUUGUUCCCUUAGUUUAGGAUGGAGGGAGGUGGGGCGGGGAUUGUGGUGGAACUAGGUUAGGGGAAGAGGAGGGUAGCGUUGGAGAAGCAGGGAAGCACUCAGCUCUCCGAGCUUUGGUCUCAUUGUGCCUUUAAAGCACCCAGGCUUUUGUGGUUGUGUUACCAUAAUCUGGUCAGUGUUGACUUUAACCCGAGUUCAGGGGUUAGCCGUGGUGCUGUACAGGUGAGCCUCAUUGUAUGCAACAGAAAGCGCGGCUCCUCAAAAGCCGAAUGGAAACAGUUGCUUUAGAGAGGAGUUCCAGGGGCUUGUUUGAAUUUUAUGCUUUCGGGCAGCCUUUUCUGAAAUGUGUCCUAAAGAAUGCCAGUCUGUGAAUAUGUUUGGGAAAUGCUGGGUAUUCUAUGACCAUACGGAAGACUCAGUCUGUAUAUUAGCAUAUGUUAGUACCUUAAAAACAAGUAAUGCACUAUUUUCCAAACUAAUUUGGCUAAUAUCCAAGAACCUAGUAUUCUGAGCAGGGAAAUUCUGAUGUAGGGAAAUUCUACACUAUGGGCACUUUCUCUUUUUUUUUUUUUUUUUUGAGAUGGAGUCUCGGUCUGUUGUCGCCCAGGCUCCCAGCCUGAAG